AUGGACUACAACCAGUCGUUCUCUGCUCUGAACGAGAGACUCCGACCUCGAAUCGACAUCGGAAGUCCAAUCUACAACUCCCUGAACCGCCUUGAAGACAGGACUCCAAGAGCAACAUCCCCUUACUACACAAGAUCCACCAUUCUUCCGACAAAUCCAACCCCGGCGAAAGACCUCACCCCGGAACAAGACGAGCUGGACCACGGCUUUGCCUCAGACCCUCCGCAGAUCUUUGAGGACAACGCCACUCUGCUGUCCGAGAUGGGGAUGAGCGAAGCCGGGGAGGAGGAUGAUGCUAGCUCCACCAAGUCGGAGGAGAAGGAUUGUCCGGGGGAGCUUCUCACAGAGAGGGCUGCAGGAGGUUCGGAGGGUCCAGGUGCGCCGGAGGAGAGCAUCGUGCACAAGGCGUUCAUGGACGGGACCCUGCCAGACCUCAUCAAGAGCGGGCGGCCCCUGGGGAGGAGGAACACGCUGGGACAUGUCAACGAUACACUGAAGGAGGUGCGCAGGGAGGUGGAGCUGUCUCGCCGCCGGAGCAUCAGACUCAAAGCUCAAGUCGACAAACUGCAGGAGAGUCAUCAGGGCCACGGCUGGAGCCAAGACCGAGAGAGGGUGACUGAGGAGGUGCUGUCUAUUCUCCGGCUACUUCACCCACUCACAGAAUCCGGGCCCCUGGAGAUCCCGGCGGGACGGAACCGGCUCGAUGCGGGUCUGAACCAGCUGCAGUUUGUGUCCCGGAAACUGGCCCUGGACCACACCUCACAGGACAAAAGCAAAUCCGGUAACGUGGAGGAGACCACAAUCCUCCAGCAGGCUCUGCGAGACCGAGACGAGGCCAUGGAGAAGAAGAAGGCGAUGGAGACUGAGCUGUUGCGCAGUAAGACGGAGAUGAUGGCUCUGAACAACCAGCUGCUGGAGGCUGUGCAGAAGCGACUGGAGCUGUCUCUGGAGCUGGAGGCCUGGAAGGAGGACGUGCAGCUGAUGAUCCAGCAGCAGGUGCAGGCUCAGCAGCAGGCCGAGCAGUCGACCAAAAAGACCUUUCGCACCAUUAUGAGACGCAACAACAAGCCUCCCCUUCAGCGGCCGAACAUCUUCUCCGUGAGCACGCCCCCGGCCCCGCCCCCCACCAACAGCUCCUCCCACAUCUACGUGAACAAACCCAGCCCGUCGUCCACCGCCCCCAGCGCCAACACCGGGACGCUGCCACGCAACUGGAGGCUGAAGAAGAAGGCUGUACGUCCAGAGCCGGAGGGAAUGGACGGGUUCCAGGUUGUGUCUCUGGAUUGA